AGUUUAGAUUAUUAAUCCCUGGUUUUCAAAAUCGUGGAAAGUGAAGAAGCAUUGCUUCGAUUUCUCUUCGUUUUCGAUCUUCUCUCUUGAAGCCCUAGCCAUGGUUUCUUCGAUCGAGGCCUCGCCGGAGGUCUUGUGAGAGAUGAACGGAGUGCCGUUAUAUAACUAAGAGUAUCAUUCUCACCCAACUAUUUUCCGGCGCGCGUUGAUUGUAAAUCUGAUUGGUUUGGAUUCCUAUGGCGGGCGGAGGGAAAGGGAAUAUGGAGAGGGUUCGGAGGGGGUUUCGAACGGUGUUCUUCAUGCUGACGAUGGUGGCAUCGCUGCUCCUGUUGUCUGCGCCGGUAGCCGUCGCGGUCGGGGAUGUGUCCGUGUCGCUGGCCUUGGCUUCGAAGUUCGCGUGCGCGAGGUGUUAUGGACUGAGGGAGCACUUGAGGCGAUACGGAUUUAGAAGCUCGUUAAUGGACAUACCCGUCGUUUCUAUUUUGAGAUCGCUUAUAAUCACUUGUAUUUAUUUCUUGAGCGAUGAACCUGGCCUUUCUCAUGGACCAUAUGUUGGAUCUACAACACUCUGUUCUUUCAGUUCAAUUGUCAUUCUGUUAGUGAAAGCUUGUGUUUUUACUCCUGUUUUGGAGGAAGUGGACUCUGAUGAAGCUUUGACCUCAUUGCUGAGGGCGAGACUGAAUUCAAUGGUGUCAUGGGGUGUGCCUUUUCUUUUCCUUUCGUCAUUAGUGUUUGCUCUUUUCCACGUUGUGGUUGCCUAUAGGACGAGCUGCAAAGCACGGCGAAAGCUUUUGUUCCACUGUGUAGACCCGGAAUCGGUUUUGCUUUGCAAGAAUUCCUUCUCUGGAUAUCCCAAGGUUCCUCGAUCUCCCUCCUGCUGCAAUGGAAAACACUCUAAAAGUGAUAGUGAAACAAAAAGAAAAGCCAGCUUUCGUGAUGAGCGUGACCUUCCUAUCAGUUUUCUUGCAGAUAUUGACAGUUUGUUCAUUGCCUGUCAAGGGAUUACAGUCCAUUAUAAGCUCUGUUUGCCUGAGUCGCCUUUACCUUUAUCCAUACCUUUUUCUCCCUUUCUUGAACUGAGCCCCAAUAGUCGGCCACCCAGUAUGUCCUCUGGAAGCUUUAGACUUGAACGUCCUUUGCCAGUUACAUCCAAAAUUCACUUUCAUAGGACUUUUAGUAAUCAAUUUCAAAUCUCCUCCCUGUAUACUCCUUUAUUGGCAGAUUCUAGUGCUCCAUCCCCUUUCCUGGCAGACCAAGUUCCAGCUCUGAUUUUGGAUGAUGAGGAAGGUGGUGGCUGCUUACCUGGUUCUAUGAACUUAGACAUGUAUUUAGAGGACAAGGAUCGGUUUGCGGUAAUCUUGAUACAUGGGUUUGGUGGAGGAGUUUUCUCAUGGAGGCAUGUGAUGGAUGUCCUAGCUCGGCAGAUUGGCUGUACUGUUGUUGCCUUUGAUCGCCCUGGGUGGGGGUUGACAUCUCGUCCACGUAGGAAGGACUGGGAUGCAAAACAAUUGCCUAAUCCAUAUAAACUUGAGUCCCAGGUUGAUCUGCUUAUUUCUUUCUGUUUGGAAAUGGGAUUUUCGUCUGUGGUUCUUGUUGGUCAUGAUGAUGGAGGCUUGCUUGUGUUGAAGGCUGCAGAGAAAAUCCGUUCCUCUAUGGACAUCCAUGUAGAGGUAAAGGGAGUGGUACUUAUCAGUGCCAGCUUAUCAAGAGAAGUCAUUCCUGCCUUUGCUCGAAUCCUCUUGCAUACUUCACUGCGGAAGAAACAUAUGGUCCGUCCUCUACUGCAGACAGAAAUUACUCAAGUCAUUAAUCGCCGUGCAUGGUAUGAUGCCACAAAAUUAACAGCAGAGGUUAUGAACCUUUAUAAGGCAUCAUUACUUGUCGAAGGUUGGGAUGAAGCACUUCAUGAGAUUGGAAGGUUGUCCUUCUCAACAGUCCUUUCUCCAGAAAAUGGUGCUGCUUUGUUGAGAUCAGUGGAGGACCUUCCUGUAUUGAUAGUUGCUGGCGCUGAAGAUGCACUUGUAUCAUUGAAGUCAGCUCAAGCAAUGUCUUCAAAGCUUGUAAAUUCUGUAAGUUUGUUUCUCUAUGUUUCUGUCAUCUGUUCUCAAAAUUUCAGAUGGUUUGAACACCGUGAAUCAUUAUAUCAUCCAAACAAGGUUGCGGCUUAUGUUUCCAAAGUUAUUUUUUCUUCCCAAAAUAGAAUAGUGCUCCACAAUACUAAUCAACCUAACACAAUUGCUGAUUAUAUUUUUUUUCUGCAUGAACACAUGCUGAUGCUGAUUACAGAUAUAGAUUUUGUUGGGAAAGAAUGCCUCUGUUUAAGGUACUCAAUUUGUCAGAUUCCGUUGUCCAGUUCAUUAAUCUUUGCAUUGCUAAUGUGUCUUGCAGAGACUUGUCGCAAUAUCAGGAUGCGGCCAUCUUCCGCACGAGGAGUGUCCCAAGGCACUUCUUGCAGCUCUAUCACCCUUCAUAACCAGAGUGCGAUCAUAUUCUGAUUGUUUUCAAAGACUAUAGGUUAAUUAUCUAUCAGAAUUUUAGGUUGUUCAUACCUAAAGAGCAGGGAGUUAAUCUCUAGCCGAUAGAUACGCACACCUUUUUUUCUC